AGUAUAAAAACUAUAGUAAAAUAAGGGGAUUUUAAAGAAAUUAAACUCAUCCAGUCACUACGGAUUUUCUAGAACAUCAGCGAAAUAUUAGUUGCUUGUAUUUAAUCGAUUUAAUAGUCAGCUUAAAAAAAACUUUCAAAAUAUUUUUACUCUUUUUCAUGUAUUUUAAACAAUUUCUCUUAAUCAAAUGAUUACAAAACUUUCCAAUUGUUCAUUUUUGCUUUUUAAAAUUUAACGUUGAAAUAAUAAAUCAAUUUAAAAGAAAUGUUGAAAUAAUAUCUUACAACACAAUACAUCUUCAGUUCCACUGUCAUUAUAUUGAUUUAUAUGUAUAUGCGAUGAAACUAUGAAAUUGUCUGCACUUCACUAAUACUACUUCUGCUGUAGCCACAACUAUGAUUAGCAUUUCGUAUUGAGUCUCUGGUCAAAGAAGAGCUCUGAACAUCUGCCUUUGAGACCAAGACGUGCAGUUCAACUUUGACAACAAAAGUGUUAUAAACAACAAACGGCCGCAGUUAUAAAAUAUUGUAUAAAAUAAAGCAAAAGAAACUAAUCAAAAUGAAGAGUUUAUUAGCGGUUUUAUUGCUAGUGAUAGCAGUACAAGGUCGUGAAUAUCAUUAUGAUAAACCACAAGUAGUUUUCCAAAAAGAAGAUGUUUCACAUACUGCCACACAACCUAGUAAAAGUAUUGUUAAAGGCGUACAUGGCAAGGAUUACGAGGUAACAAUGUCGGCUUCAAGAAAAGUAUUUGAAACACGUUUACCACCCAAAGAAGAAGUAUUUAUUGUACAACAUUUAAAUCAACCAGCAGCACCAGCAGUCUAUCAACCACAACCGGCCAUUGUCGCACCGUAUCAAUACCAACAGCCUACUGGCAUAAAUUCUACACCAAAUCCAGGAUUUUAUGGAACACUUCAGCAGACUUAUCGUAAUAAUCCACAACAACAUUUAAAUUUAAAUUCAAAUCAGUACAAUGGAGUCAAUGCAGCUAGUAAUGCUCAACAGCAUUACAAUCAAUUUACAGCUAAUACAAAUUAUCAACAACAACAGCAGUUACAGCGGCAACAGCAAUAUGGUGGUACAUUUUCCCAAUAUCCUCAACAACAACAACCGCAGCAACCCGGUGUAGUUUCCUCAAGAGCUCAACAACUACAACAAACAGGAGGCUCUUUUUCCCAAAUACCUCUGCAACAGCAGCAACAAAAAUAUUAUCCCCAACAAUACGAACAUUAUCUACAGCAGCCACAACGCAACACUAAUCUACCAAAUUCCAAUAAUCUACUAAACGAUUUAGUCAAUAAUCAUAAAUACGUUUCACAAUCGGAAGCAGCACAACACGAUGUUUAUCCGUACAAGCAAAUAAAUGGCAAUCCCCGACCAUUUACACGUAUCAUCACUAAAUGCGAUGCUCCAGGUCAAUGUGAACCACAAAAUGCUGCCGAGGGCGGUAGAGGAGGCAGUGAUUUUCACCAUCAACAGGUUUUAAAACAAUCGAAAGCUCAUGUGAGCCCCAAUACAGAUAAAUGUCAAAAUAAAUUCAAUUAUCAAUUUACGGGUAAUGCCUUAACAGGUAAUGCAGCUAAAGCCCAAAGAGGUAUACCCAUUACCAAGGGCACUGACUUAAGAGAUCGACGACUAUUUGCCUACAGUGAAGUGGUUAUACCACAAUAUCCACAUAAUUAGAUAUAACACAAAAGAAAAAAAAAUAACUUUAAAAAGUUUCUACUUUUGUUAAGCACUGUUUAAAGAUAAUAAUUUAAAAAAAUAAUCCUAAGAAUAUGCUAAGAAAAUAAAAUAUUUUUUUAAGAAAC